CUUGGGCGGCUCGGGGCGGGCUCUGGGCGCGAUGGCGGCGGCGGGGCCGUGGCCGGAGCUGGAGGCGGCGGCGCGGGAGCGGCGGCGGGAGCUGUCGCUGGCGGGCGCGGCGGUGGCCGAGCGGGUGGCGGCGGGCGGCGGGCGGCUGCCGGAGGCGCUGCUGGCGCUGCCGCUGCUGCAGUCGCUGGAGCUGAGCGGCUGCGCGGCGCUGCGGGAGCUCGGCCCGGGCGUGGCGGCCUCGCUGCCCGCGCUGCACACGCUGGUGCUGAGCCGCAACGCGCUGGGCCCGGCCGGGCUGGGCGCGGGGCUGGGCGGGCCCCUGCCCGCGCUCCGCCUGCUCGACCUGUCCGGGAACGGGCUGGAGGCGCUGCCCGCCGCGCUCGGCGGCACGGGCGGCGGCGCGGGGGACGCGGCCCCGGCCUUCCCGCAGCUGCGCAGCCUCAACCUGAGCGCGAACCGGCUGCGGGAGCUGGGCCCGGGGCUCGCCCGCGCCGCGCCGCAGCUGCAGGAGCUGCUGCUGUCCGGGAACCGGCUGCGGGCGCUGCCCGGAGGGCUCCUGCCCCCCGACGGGCCGCCCGCGCCCUUCCCGCUGCUCAGCCGGCUGGACGCGGCCGACAACGAGGUGGCGGAGCUGGGCGCGGACAUCGCGGCGCUGCCGGCGCUCAAGAGCCUGGACGUGGCCAACAACCAGCUGCGGGAGCUGCCCGCCGCGCUGGCCGACUGCCCCCGCCUGAAGGAGGCCAACUUCAGGGGCAACCAGCUGCGGGACAAGCGGCUGGAGAAGAUGGUCAAUGGGUGCCAGACGAAGGCCAUUCUGGAGUACCUACGGGCCGGCGGCCGUGGGAAGGGGAAGGCUGAGAGUGGCAGAGAGGACGUCAGGAAGAAGAAGAGGGAGAAGCAGCAGAAGAAGGACGGCGGGGACGUGGAGCAGGAUGAGGUGGAAGAGGCGAGCAAGCUGCUGGUGAAGGUUCUGCACGUCUCUGAGAACCCAGCGCCUUUGGUGGUCAAAGUGAGCCCGGGUGUCAAAGAUGUGCGAGCCUUCAUCGUGUGCUGUGUGCUGAAAGGAGUGAACUUAAAGCCGGGAAACGCUCUCAAGAGGUUCCUGACCGUGCAGACCAAGCUGCACGAGGACAUCUGUGAGAAGCGCACAGUGGCCACCAUUGCCACCCACGACUUGCAGCUGGUCAAAGCUCCUCUGACAUAUGAUGUUCAGCCUCCUGACGAGCUCAAGAUCAUGCCCCUGGGUCGGAAGGAGAUCAAGGCAAAGGACCUGCUCCGGCAGCUGCAGCUGGAGGCUGAGGAGCAGCGGAAGCAGAAGAAGCGUCAGAACGUCUCUGGGCUGCACAAGUACCUGCAGCUCCUGGAUGGCAAAGACAGCUACCCGUGCCUGGUGGAUGCUGAAGGUGCUGUGAUUUCCUUCCCACCAAUAACCAACAGUGAGAAAACAAAGAUUAGAAAAGAGACCCGGGACCUGUUUCUGGAAGUGACAAGUGAUACCAGUUUACAGAUCUGCAAAGAUGUGAUGGACACCCUUAUCCUGAAAAUUGCAGAGCUGAACAGAUCUGCCUUGGAGAGCAAGGAAGGCUCUGGUUCAGAUAUGGAAUCGGAUGCUCCCUGUGGAGCAGGGAAUUUGAACCUGCCCUUGGUGCUGGAGCAGGUCCGAGUGGUGGACACGGACGGGAACUUGAAAGUACUUUAUCCUUCAAAAACAGACCUGGCCACAGUUUCCUCUCUGCUGACUGUGAUCCGUUAGCAGCUGCCUGAGCUGGGAGAGCAUUCCAUUGCCUUUAUUUUGGUUUUUUUUCAUAUAUUCAACAACACAACUGGUGCACAGCGAGAUGGUUUGGGUUUUUAAAGAAAAGAUGUGGAGCAUCCUGCUGGGAAGGCAGUGGCUUCAGAGUUUGAUGAGCUACAGCAAGGAGAAUUGGGAUCUUUCAUCCUUAACAGAGAUCAUCCAUGUUAGGCCUGUGCAAAAGAGCAGCAUCUUCAAACAUGGACUGAAGGCAGAGAAGCUGUUGGAUGUCAGAAUGCAGUAGAGAAAAUCAUUACAAUGGUUAAAACAAGCACAACCACAUUUUUCUGCAGGAUCACUUUUUCUUCCUGGUGUUUCAUCUGGAUCAUUAUUAUGGCAGCAGAAAAAUGCAGGAAUUGGCAGUGUGGAACUGAGGUCCUCUGCUGGGUACAACCUGGAGUCAGAAUGCCAAAGCACUUUGCUGACAUCUUGUUCUGCAAAAUUUUAUUUGGAGUAACUGUGAACAUUUAGUUGCUGUCAGAAGCAUUUAAUUGCUGUCAGGACUUGAGGGAUGCAUUUUAAAGUGAUGGUUUUUGUGUUCAGGCAUGAGCACAGCUUCAAUUUUUAAGGGAUUUGUUGAGUCAGCUGCAGGGUUUGUGUGUCCCAGUGCAUUUCAGGGCCACCCUCCAUCCCUGUGGGAAUUGUGGUGACCUUGUGUGUGCCCAGAGAGUUACUGUGGUUGAGCACUGGCUUUGUUCUUGCUGAGAAGGUUCAGGUGCACUCAGAGCUGCCUCCAGCUGGCACUGCUGAGCUCCCUGUCCCCCCAGAGUACAGGCACUGAUGCCCAGAGUGACCCUCCUGGAGCUUUCUGCCCCAACCACAUAUUUUUGCCUUCCAAAAUACAGAAAAUUGGAGCAGUUCUUGUUUGGCAGUCUCUGGGUGACCUAUAUUUGUGUGUGUGUGAGCACUGGUGUGAACUCACACCUCUCCCUAAACCAGUUAACUCCCCCAGAUUGACUCUCUUCUGGUAAAAAUGAUAUCUCAGAGCUCUAACUGAACUGCUGCUAUGUCAAAUACAUCCCCAUGUUGGGACUUGCACAUGGAAUGGAAAAAUAAAACAGCUUCUGCAGCCCUG